UUUGUGUUUUACACAUAACAAAUUGAUUUGCUGCUCUCAAACACUUAAGUAAUACUUUAAUAAUUAUUAAGUCGAACUAUUUAUUUUUCUUUUGAAAAAAAUUCCCGCAAAUAAAACUCAUCUCGAAUUCACCAUCAUGGCCGCUCGCGUCGCUCAGUUAACUUCAUUCCAAUCCGCCCUUGUGACAGUUGUAGAGGGCGUAAUGAUCGCUAAUGGCGGAAAAUCUAAUGAAUAGAGAGCUAUUUUUAUAAAAAGACUUUCGCGAUUUUUACACAACCACGAAUUGCGUUUAUCUAUAUUCUCAAAUGCAAUUUGACUAAAACUAAAUUGUACGCCUACGGUAACCUAAUUUAGAAUUAGGUUAGACUCAUCCUGUAUGUAUAGUUUAUAUUCCAUGAUCGUAUCGAAUGUGUUAUGAUUCACAAUGAUUCAAAAUAAAGAAGAUAAAUGUCGAUUAUGUUUGUCUAAACUCGAUGAAAAUAAUUAUUCAUCAAUAUUUACAUUAAAUAAAAAUCAUAAUCCUGGCCAACUUUCGCUAUCAUCGAAGAUCAUGAUUUGCUUAUCACUUCCGGUACAGAACGGUGAUUACUUAUCCAAAAAAAUUUGUAUACCAUGUAGAGAUGAGAUAAUGCGCUUUUACGAAUUCCGUUUGAAAUGCCAAAAUGCUUACUAUAUGAUGAACCUUGCUUACCAUCGUGAUAUUCUUUCAACACCAAAAAAUUUCAUGACAAACUCAGAAAAUAAAGAAAAUGGAUCUGAAUCAGAAAUUGACAAAGUCAUACAACAACCGAAUCUAGACAGUUUAACACCUGUAAAUCAAAACACAAAUAGUAACUUAUUAAGCGAAGUAAAUAAAAUAACUGAUAAUAUUCAAAACAAGCAGAAUGAAUUGAAAGUUGAAAAAAAGCCAGCAGAGUAUAAGUGUUAUCACUGCAAUACCAUAUUUGCAGAUUUAGGUGCUGCUACAAUUCAUUGCAUCAAAUGUACAGAAUUUCAUAGUCGUUUAAAGGAAAAUAAAAGUUUACCAGAAAAGAAACAACAAUAUGAUGAUAAUGAAAAAGAAGGAGAAGAAAUGCAAGUUAGUAUUAAUAAUUUUACUGAAGAAAUUAACGAAGACAUCUUAGUUCCCUCUGAAGUAAAUGAAGAUAAACGACACAGUACCAAUGAAAGUAUUGAAGAAGCUUCAUUAGGAUUAAUAAUUGAUCUUGCCGUAACUGACUCUAAUAAAAAAAAAAAUCCGGAGAAAUUUAAAGAUCGGAAAAGAAGAAAAGAACAAUCUGUGUAUCCCUGUUCUCAGUGUAAGAAAUCAUUUCCUAGUCCAUGUUUACUUAAAAGACAUUUUAUGGUUCAUACAGGUGAACGCCCAUACCAAUGUGAAACAUGUGGUAGAAGAUUUUCUCAAAUAGGCGCUUUAAAUUUUCACAAAAAAUUUCAUGCUAAUCCACCUUAUCGCUGCCAGAUAUGUAGUAAACCAUUUAUGAGACCUAGUGAUAUAGAAAAGCAUAUGAGAAGUCAUACAGGUGAAAAACCAUUUUCAUGCAAAAUGUGCCAAAAGAAAUUUUCACAGUUAAUAGCCGUUCAGCAGCAUGAAAGAAUUCACACUGGUGUGAAGCCAUAUAUUUGUGAAAUUUGUGGAAAGGCAUUUUCACAAAGUGCAAAUAAACGAAAACAUGAAAAAAUACAUAAGCAAGGUACUAAACCUUAUGUAUGUGAUACUUGUGGUCGUAGUUUUUUUGAAGCAGAAGAGAUGAGACUACAUAAAGCAGGACACGGUGGUGGAAAACCACGAGAAUGUGAUUAUUGUGGUGAACAUUUUAGAAGAUUAUCUGAAAUAGCUGAUCAUGUACGACGAUUUCACACGUUCGAAAGGCCCCAUACUUGUGCAUUUUGCUCCAAAUCAUUUUAUUCAUUAUAUAGUCUAAAACAACAUGUAAUGAUUCAUACCGGACAAAAGCCUUUUGUUUGUGAUAGAUGUGGUAGUAAAUUUACUCAAAAAGGUAAUCUUGCCAGACACAUUGCUAGAAAACAUGCUGAUGAAGAUGAAAAUCGAGAUGUAAAUAGAGAUGAAAUCGAAUGUGAAAUGGAAAAUGAUAGUUCAGAUCAAAUAACAGAAAAAAUAAGCAUAGAAUCAAAUGAUAUUAGUAUGAGUAUUACAAAUAAUAAAUUGUAAAUAAACAGUAGUUAGAUUAAAUUAAAUUAUUAAUGAAAACUAAA